AUGCCAAACCAACGACAAAGUCAAGAUCGUGUAUGGAUGGUCUUAUUAAAUAACCUCUUUCGUCCCAAAACGUUCAUCAAAUUCAAGAUCCUCUAAAAACUCAGUAGCAAGCAACAAUGGAGAAGCCAAAGUUCAAGACUGUCCAAGAAGUGGUUGCAGCCGGCGAAGGAUUACCGGAUAGAUAUCUCCAGGCAUCCACCGGCGACGACGAAAGUCAACCUCUUAACGGUCCGGUUCCGGAGAUGGACAUUCCAGCCAUCGAUCUCAGUCUUCUCCUCUCUGCUUCUGAAGACGGUCGGGCAGAGUUGACUAAGCUUCACUCGGCACUCUCUACAUGGGGCGUUGUUCAGGUGAUGAAUCAUGGAAUUACAGAAGCGUUUCUUGACAAGAUUUACAAGCUAACCAAGGAGUUCUUUGCGCUUCCGACAGAAGAGAAACAGAAGUGCGCCAGAGACAUUGGUAGUAUGCAAGGAUAUGGGAACGACAUGAUUCUGUGGGAGGAUCAAGUUCUAGAUUGGAUUGACCGUUUGUAUAUCACUACUUACCCUGAAGAUCAGAGAAAACUUAAGUUCUGGCCUGAACUCCCAAUCGGAUUCAGGGAAACUUUAGAUGAAUACACAAUGAAGCAACGGGUAGUGGUUGAGAAGUUCUUCAAGGCCAUGGCUAGAUCGUUGGGAUUAGAAGAGAAUAGCUUUCUAGACAUGUAUGGAGAAAGAGCUACGAUGGAUACAAGAUUCAACAUGUAUCCUCCAUGUCCGAGGCCGGACAAGGUUAUUGGGGUUAAAUCGCAUGCUGAUGGCUCGGCUUUUACUCUUCUCUUACCGGACAAAGAUGUGGAAGGGCUUCAGUUCCUCAAAGAUGGCAAGUGGUAUAAAGCUCCUAUAGUUAAUGACACAAUUCUUAUCAAUGUUGGAGAUCAAAUGGAGAUAAUGAGCAAUGGGAUCUACAAGAGCCCGGUUCAUAGGGUGGUGACUAACAAAGAAAAGGAAAGGGUAUCUGUGGCAACGUUUUGUGUACCGGGUGAAGAAAAAGAGAUUCAGCCUGUAGAAGGGCUUGUCUCUGAGGCAAGACCAAGAUUGUAUAAAACAGUUAAGAAGUACGUUGAGCUCUACUUCAAGUACUAUCAACAGGGUCGAAGACCAAUGGAAGCUGCGUUGAUCUGAAAAUACUUUUCAAAAUGGUCUCUUUCGUUUCAUAAUCGAAUUUGUUGCUUUGUUUGUUACAAGAUGUAAGGCUGCAUUGUGUUUCUGUUGCAAUUCUAAAACAAUAAAGAGAGAGUCUAAAGUGGAUUUUUCCAUAUCAA